AUGUUCAUUGGAUAUUGGGUGAAUAGGGGGAAGGGGGGACGUAGGUAUAAGGUGUUGGCCAAUGAGGACGCCCGAAUUCCUUCCAGUGGAAAUUCCAGGGCUGGAUCCCGGCCAGGUUACAUUGUAAUAACGGUUCCGAUAAGCCCAGCUACUGGAGUCCCUGUCAUCCUAACUAACAACAACCGGCCAACAAAUGUCCUCUGGAGAAAGCGCUUCUCUAUCUCAACCUCGGGUAUUAACUGA